AUGAUAACCGAUGUGGAAACCAAGUGGCAGCUCUUUAACAGCGCCAUACUCGAGGCUACCGCCCAACGCUGCGGCUUUGAAUGGGUUGGCCUACCGCCUGGAGGUCAGAAAGAUCUGCCUGGUGGACAUGAGAGGCGAUGGAGAGCGUACCUUGAGGAACUCUCCAACGUCGAGCAACGGCUUGAAAACUCGAUGGUAGAGCAACAGAAGGGAGACUACAAGGAAUGCUCCAAUUAUAUGGGAAUUACGUUAGUGAGCCACCCGGGCAAGGUCAACGCAGAGGCACUAGAAAAGAAGUGCCCGAAAAAACUGACUCCAAGAUACAAGAAGAACAGUGCAGAUUCCGGCCGAUCGAAACACCGCUAA